CGCCGUGGCCGCUAUAAAAGCUGGCGGCGCGGCGGGCGGCGCGAGUCACCGACGCGCCGCGACGCCGAGCACGCACCGCGCGACACCUGAACCCAACGACGCUUACACAGGUCGAGAGGUGAUCACCAGGUGGAACGAGCACAUCGAAAGUUUAGUGUGGAGACACAGUACCCGGUCCGAGAUAGGAGUUAACUGUCCUGUUGCUGAGUGGUCAGCAUGCGAGCGAGUCUGUGGGUGGUGGCGCUGGCGCUGGCGUUUACGGCGGCGUUGCUGAGCGUCGUUUGCGCUGACAAACGCGCUGAGAUGUCACCGGCGCCGUUCGUGAUGGGCUCCCGAUAUGGGCGCUCGCCGCACCGACUCGUAGCGCCAAGGAAUGACAGGUUCUUCAUGGGCAGCCGGUAUGGCAAGCGGUCAGAGGCUCCGAGCGGCGCGGCGGGCUGGGCGGCGGGCUGGGCGGGCUCGCGCGACCUCGUCUGUGAGUACACCGGCGUGUACUCGCUCUAUCGGUGUGCGUAUCGCGAUCAUCCACGCGUUGAGCGAAGGAGUAGUGACGAGGAGUCCCUCCCCGGUGAGAGCGACUAGACGCGCCCGCACUCGGCACUUCCCUCGACGACUCCUGCACCACCGACUGUCCUGCUGGCGUGACGUCACGUCAGCUCCCCUGCGACACACUAAAAGCGCCACGUCAUCGGUUUAAUCUCUACAUCUUCAAGACUGAACAUGUGCGCCGGACACGCGGCGUGCAGAUGGCUGGGGCUCGCCACGUGACUGCACGCACAUACAUAUAUGUAUACCUAUUCACAUACAUACAUACAUAAUCAUACUUCUCGCCGGUCGCCAACAACGUGGCGCAGUCUGAGACCGCACUCUCCACACUCCAGUCUGCUGAAUAUAAUGUAUAAGUUGUUAGUUGGAUAUAUUAUAUAAUAUAAGAAAAUUUGUGGUUGUGUGGUUUGACCACGUGAUACGUUUCAAUAAAACCGGACCCACGGGUACCGAACA